UGACUCACUGCACUACAAGAUAGACUCUCCUCUUAAAGCACCAACAUUACUUGAGCCUUUGGAUAAAACUGAAGAAGUGUCCGCAAGUAUUGUGGACCCUGCAGGAGGCGGGGGGCUGGCAACUGGCGGUAAAGACAGGAAGAUGGCAGGCUUGGGGCCCAACACUCAAGCAGACCCUGAAAUUGAGCUUUUUGUGAAGGCUGGAAGUGAUGGGGAGAGUAUUGGAAAUUGUCCCUUUUGCCAACGCCUUUUCAUGAUACUCUGGCUGAAAGGAGUUAAAUUCAAUGUAACUACUGUUGACAUGACCAGAAAGCCUGAAGAGCUGAAGGACUUAGCCCCAGGUACCAAUCCUCCCUUCCUGGUGUAUAACAAGGAGUUGAAAACAGACUUCAUUAAAAUUGAGGAGUUUCUAGAGCAGACACUGGCUCCUCCAAGGUAUCCUCACUUGAGUCCCAGAUACAAGGAGUCCUUUGAUGUGGGCUGUAACCUCUUUGCCAAGUUUUCUGCCUACAUUAAGAAUACACAAAAGGAGGCAAAUAACAAUUUUGAAAAAUCUCUGCUCAGAGAAUUUAAGCGUCUGGACAACUACCUAAACACCCCUCUUCUGGAUGAAAUUGACUCAGACAGUGCUGAGGAACUCACCGUUUCCAGAAGAUUGUUCUUGGAUGGAGACCAACUGACAUUGGCUGACUGCAGCCUGUUACCCAAACUGAACAUCAUUAAGGUUGCUGCCAAGAAAUACCGUGACUUUGAUAUACCAGCAGAAUUCUCAGGAGUCUGGCGCUAUCUCCACAAUGCCUAUGCCCGUGAAGAAUUUCUCCACACGUGUCCUGAGGACAAAGAAAUUGAAAAUACUUAUGCAAGUGUAGCUAAACAGAAGAGCUAGGACAGCGCUUUCAGGAGAAAAAGCUCUCUUUGUUAUCAGAUUUUACUUGUUGCUGUAUUAGAAAGGUUUUUGGAAAUAAGCAUAUGGAAAAUACUACUUCUAUUCAACUUUCUUAUGAAAAAGAACUCUGUGUUUUCUGUAUUUAGUUAGCCAUAAACAAUCUGUCUUCUGUGUAUUUUACAGGACUUCAUAUUUUUACUUUAUUUUCUUUAUUCCUGCGGAAAA